UCUUACGACGAUUACGAUAGCUAUGAUAGCUAUGGUAGCUAUGGCUAUUAUAAACGUGAUGCCAAUCAAGAAAAACGUGAUCAGCAUAAGCGCGACGCCAAUCAAGAAAAGCGUGAUGCGAACAUUGAAAAAAGAGAUGAUGCAUAA